AGUAAUCAGAAGACCACACCUAACAUCCCAAAUGGAAAGGAACAAACUCAACUAACUACCAUGUGAUGUGCACCCGAACCCAUACCAAACGGACUACAAUAACCAUUCGCGCCAAUCUAAAAUGUCCCUGAAAGACCGAAUUCCUUCAGUCAUCACCAUCUCCUCUUUCACAUCCUCGACCCCUCCUUCGAUGUCUCCCACCGCGUUGAGCCGGUCUAUCGACGUCGCGGUCACAUCGCUAUUCUACACUCUCGGUACCACGGAAGAAACGAACAGCAUACCGGAUUACCAGGAUAAUUCUAGUUCCAUCUUAGAGCAGCCAGAAAAUUUCGUUUUCUUUCCUAAUUCGGAUAGUCUCAAUUUCACUUUCAACAGUAGCGGCAUCAACAAUGUCACUUUGGAGGACAUGGACACCACCGAGCUGAUAACCAUGAUCAUCACCGCCAUAAUGCUGGGGUUCAUCAUAUUAGCCACAGUUAUAGGUAACGUCUUCGUUAUAGCGGCCAUUCUCCUGGAGAGAAACCUCCAGAACGUGGCCAACUAUCUCAUCCUGUCGCUGGCUGUGGCAGACCUCUUGGUGGCGUGUCUGGUGAUGCCUCUGGGUGCCGUUUAUGAAGUCAGCCAGGAAUGGACCUUAGGACCCGAACUUUGCGACAUGUGGACCUCCAGCGAUGUUCUCUGCUGCACUGCAUCUAUUCUGCACCUCGUUGCUAUAGCUCUUGACAGGUACUGGGCCGUCACCAACAUAGACUACAUACACCAGCGCACGUCAAAGCGGAUAGGAAUGAUGAUCUUCAUCAUCUGGCUGGUCUCCUUCUUAGUGUGCAUAGCGCCUCUGCUAGGCUGGAAGGACCCCAAUUGGGAGCUCAGGAUACGCGACAAAAAGUGUCUGGUGAGCCAGGACCUCUACUACCAGAUCUUCGCCACAGCGUCUUCGUUCUACUUACCGCUGCUGGUUAUCCUCAUACUGUACUGGAGGAUAUUCCAGACGGCCAGGAAGCGCAUCCGGAGACGGCAGGUCAUCACCGCAGGAACGCAACAGGCUGUCAAGAAUCCUGCGGCAGGGGGCAUAGCCGGGGGACUGGCGGCUGCUAGCGGUACAGGAGGUAUAGCAGCAGCAGUAGUGACGGUUAUCGGCAGGCCGCUCCCCACCAUCUCCGAGACCACGACGGCCUUCACUAACGUAUCCUCUAACAACUCCAGCCCAGAGAAAACCUCGUUCGCGAACGGCCUGGAAGCGGACCUGCCCACCACGACGGACUGCAGCGUCAGCUACCAGCCCCAGCACUACCCCAUCAAACGCAAGGUGCGCGACGGCAUGGACUCCAAGAGGGAGAGGAAGGCCGCGAAGACCCUGGCCAUCAUCACCGGGGUGUUCGUGUUGUGCUGGCUGCCGUUCUUCAUAAUGGCCGUCCUCAUGCCCAUCAACGCGAACUUGUUCGAGAAGUACUUAGUGUCGAUUUUUUUAUGGUUGGGCUACUUCAAUUCGACGUUGAAUCCCAUCAUCUACACCAUCUUCAGUCCAGAGUUCCGGCACGCCUUCAAGAAGAUCCUGUGCGGGAGAAACUACGCCAGGAGGAAUAGGCAUUUUGGCGUGAAGCAUUUUCAAUGAUGGCGGCAGAGUGGUCGCUUACCUUCGGAUAAUGAACCGCCUGUAGCAGCGAGACUAGCCGCCAUAGUGGCCGCCCCAGCUGUGGCGUCGGGUUCGAGGAACGUCACCUUCAAGUGUGACUGAUCCGAAGAUAAGAGAUCACGCAACGUGAUUUCGCCUACCGUAGACUUCGAUAGCAGUAGCAGUAGUGAUAAUCCCAGGAGGGUUAUCCUGGAGUUGAAACAUAUUCCAUAAAACGGGCAAAUCGGGUACACAUACAGGAAUAAGUAUUUUGAAAAAGAUGGCUGUGUCAAAAAACCUUAAAACAUUAAACCUUUCUAAAUUAUUGUACAAUUAAUUGAUAAUUUUAUUAACAAAAUACAGGUGCAAUUAUUUUUAAAAAUAGGUUUAGAGCCCAACGAUAGUUUAAUCAAAGUUAUCUUUGAUAGACACAACUUCAUUCAACGUUUUUGGGAUGAUAUAACGUUGAUUUAACUUUCGUUUAACGUGUUUUGUUGAUAUAACGUUAAUUUAACGUUCUUACUACUACACUAUAAAAUUUUGCCGUGCUAAUAUCUUUUUGGCAUAAAUAACACAUAGCUUAAUAUUUCGAAAUACUUAUAUAUAAUAUUUCGACUGAAAUUAAUUGUAACUGACCACUGUUGUAGGUAUCACAAUAUAUAAUAUCUUAUGAAUUAUAUAAUAGUAAAUACACAUCUAUGUUCGAUCUACAAACAUGUAAUUUAUUUCAUUAAACUGAUAUAUUAUAGGUGUAAAAAAUUAUUUUUUUAUUCUAGAGGUAACAGUAAUUACAUAUUAUAAUAAGUUUAGUGUAUGUGACACGUAAAAAUUAAUGUAUAGAGUAUUAAGGGAAACAUUUUGUAAAUACAAGAAAUCAACUAACAUAUAUAUAGAUAUGUAUAUAUAUAUUGUAUUAUAGUUGUAAUUAUACACUGAAUUAAAUCAAAUGGAAAAAUAUAACAACAGCACAAUGACAAGUGAAUAUGGUACAUGCAAUAAAAGUUGUGUAUUAUAAAAUUUUAUUUGUGAUGUUAUAGAGUACGAUAGUUUAACUUGUGAUGUACAAUCAUUAUAGGGAAGACGACAGCCUAAAAUUUGCUUCCAUUUCAUAAAGAAAAGAUCUCUACUUUUACAAAUUCACAAAGUCACAAAAAACGUUAUAACAUUGUAAUACUGAAAAUUAUCGGUUUCGUGAGAACUACACAAAUGUAUAAAGUUUCAUUUGCUUUAUUUUACGGAAGAGAUAUUUAACUAUUUUCUGAAAACUUUCUAUUUUUUGUAUCGAUGGAUACAAAGCAAAUACUUUUUCAUUUUACGUGUUAAAUUUAAACAUGGAAGUAAAUUUUGGAAGACAUUUACUGGUAUAUCCAACCAUAAACACGUUCUAGUUUUCCCUGUCCCCAGAAAAAAUUAUGAUGAAUUUUGGAUGAAAACACAAACCGUGCUUCCCGACUAGAUCGUAUGUGUCAUUUGUGAUAUCGUUUAUUACCUUAUUUUUCAAAGCGUUGUUACCACACUUAUGAGCCCAAAGUAUGGUAAUAGCGAUAUACGACGUUUAUGAGAUUUGAUACUUGUUUAGCGGUGUACUGUACGCUUAUUUUAAUGUAAAUAGUUAAUAAAAAGAGAUAUAUGUUUCAAAUCUAGUUUCCUUUCACUGCGGUCCAUCAAAAACACGGCAAAUAUAUAGGCCACCUGCUGAUUCUCUAUAAUUAUACAUUAUUACUAGGGCUGUCAGAGAGAGCCGCAAUUCAAUGGCGUACAAUGCGUGUCAACCGAGACAUGCGUGAGCCGUUGCCUCAGAAUGCUUUCACGUUUACGUCACGUUAGUAUACUGUUAUCUUUGUUAUCGUGAGGAUGUUGCAUAACUAAUUCCUAUCCUUUGAUGUUAUGGUGGUGUAUUGUAGACAUUUUAAUUUCUUGCUGUUUAAUAAAUAAUGCGUACGCAUAUGUCCCGCGGCUCAGUUCUUAAGCCUUAAUUAUUACCAUUAUGUUAUUGUUAUAACCACGUCUCUGUUUCUCCCCUCCCUUUCCACUAUAGAAUGUAUUAAAAAAAGAUCUCCUAAAUUAAAACAGUUUAUUAACAAUGACCACAAAGUUAUAUUUAAUGCU